AGUCAUAUUAGUACGACCCGGAUGAUAAUUCCGCGGAAACUUGAUUUGAAUACUUAUUUUGUUCGAUACAAUGUUGGAAUAAAGGUGUAGGUUCUUGGAUGAAGGCAUCAUGGCUCACAUCACUAUCAACCAGUAUCUCCAACAGGCAUAUGAAGCUAUUGACAACCAGAAGGGGACACUCUGUGCUGAGCUGCUUUCCUUUAAACACCCCCACGUAGCCAACCCCCGACUCCAGUUGGCCAAUCCAGAGGACAAAUGUCAACAGGUUCUUGAGCCGCCGUACGACGAGAUGGUGGCUGCUCAUCUCAGGUGUACAUAUGCAGUUGCUAAUCAUGACUUUGUCGAAGCCUACAAGUUCCAGACCAUUGUCGUCCAGUCCUUUUUGAGAGCAUUUCAGUCACACAAAGAGGAAAACUGGGCGCUGCCUGUAAUGUUCACUGUCACUCUGGAUCUCAGAAUAUUUGCCAACAAUGCAGAGCAGCAGUUGCAACAAAAGGGCAAAGGUCAACCGGGCGAAAUGCUGGAAAAAGCAGCCGAGCAACUUAUGAGCUGCUUUCGAGUUUGUGCCAGUGACAAUCGAGCCGGGAUUGAGGAUUCAAAGAAGUGGGGCAUGAUGUUUCUAAGCAACCAGCUCUUCAAGAUCUACUUUAAGAUCAAUAAACUGCAUUUGUGCAAGCCACUCAUCAGGGCCAUCGACAGCUCCAACUUGAAGAACGAUUACAGUCCCGCUCAGAAGGUCACCUACAAGUACUACGUGGGCCGCAAGGCCAUGUUUGACAGUGAUUUCAAACCAGCCGAGGAGUUUUUGUCCUUUUCGUUCCGCCACUGCCAUCGUGCCAGUCAGAAGAACAAGAGAAUGAUUCUCAUCUACCUGCUGCCUGUCAAGAUGUUGCUGGGCCACAUGCCGACGCUUCAGCUCCUGGAGAAGUACGACCUCCUGCAGUUUGCACAAGUCACAAAAGCCGUCAGUGACGGGAACCUGCUGUUGCUGAACGAGACGCUGUCCAAACACGAGACCUUCUUCAUCCGCUGUGGCAUCUUCCUUAUCCUAGAGAAGCUGAAGAUCAUCACGUACAGGAACCUCUUCAAGAAAGUGUACUUACUGCUGAAGACCCACCAGUUGCCUCUGGACACAUUCCUGGUGGCCCUGAAGAUGAUGAAGGUAGAAGAUGUCGAUGUGGAUGAGGUGCAGUGUAUCCUGGCGAACCUGAUUUACAUGGGUCACAUCAAAGGUUACAUCUCACAUCAGCACCAGAAGCUCGUGGUCAGCAAACAGAAUCCCUUCCCUUCAUUGUCUUCGAUCUCCUAACCUACAUUAAGCUUAAACGCAACCCCAAAAAAACCCUUUUUUUUUUUUUUUUUUUGUAAUGUGCUGUAAAACAUGAAAUGAAAGAGACUGCUUUGUAUGUUCUGUGAGUUCCUCUUUCUUCAACAUUAUGACUUGAGGAAUAGACAUUUAACUUCAUUAUUGAUUUAAUGUUCAGGUUUUAUUGUCUGGAUUCAAACAGAGCAGGAACAUCUUUCACGGUAAUAUUUUCUUUCCUUCAGUUUUGGGGAAAGAAAAAAGGCUAUUCACAUUUCACCAUUUUGACUCUUCCGGACCACAAUCUCCAUCAGUCCUUCAAAAGUUUCAUCAUUUUAUGUGGCCCGCUAAGCACAUCACUUAGGUUUCAAUCCAUACAAUUACAAAUUGAGCUCACUUUUAAAUGCAUAUUGCAAACAAGCAGAUUUAAAAACUAGAUUGAA